AUGGCUGAAAGCGCUCCAUCUACAGAAUAUGCUACCAGCGAAAUGCCAGUAUCAGAGGCGGGAGAAGCGACCCCCGGAGGGUUCCCUCCAUACCCUCCUUACGCCACGGAGACCAUACCACCUUCGGUCGCCGAUACUAUAAUGGCGGGCCGCGAUCUGCGAGUGCAACACAAGUCUCUCCCCAAACAGACUGUAAGGCCGCCCCCGAAGCCUGCUCGACCAAGAGGUCCAAAAGCAACAGACGUGAAGCUUUCAAAGCGCGCGGCACGAGCCCAUGCGCGGUGCUUGAAGCGGCAUGGCGCCGUUCUCACCGACCGUCUUGAGCGCAUAUCUCGUCCGCCAUUGCGCAGCGUCAUCUACCUGUGGCGACAAUACGCACGUACGCUUCCCGCCGACACGAUUGCACGAUUACGGACAAUGCUGGAUGCGGACCAGCCUUUCAAGCCGGAACAAGCUUACGAAUACUUUAUAAAUCUCAAGAAAUCGAAGAAGAAGGGUGCUACGAUAAAAAUAAAUCAAUUUAAGAAAGAUAUUUUGGCGUUAUGCGGUGACAAGAGAUUUGUCUGGGCUCGUAAUGCCACAGUUGCGUUCGCGAGGGGCAUUCAGCAACGGCUGUCGAAACCUGGCUCGUAUGCUCUUGCAGAUGGAAUGUUAAGGCUAUCGAACAUCAUUUUGGAAGAUUUGUGCUCGUACAUGCAUACGAGGCCUCCGUCGCGCCGGGCAACUCACCCUAAAGCGAAAUUCAUGAUGGAAAUGGCAGACAAGAUAGCGGUUUGGAUUGACGAAAUACUGGCUGAGUCCGAGGACCGUAUGCUGAUGAUGGACUUCGACGAAGACGAAGAUCUUAUAGAAGCUGAUGAAGCAGGGGACGCGGGUUUUGCUGAUGACUUCCUUAAUAUGAUGGGAGGUGAUGGUGGGCUGUUAAAACUACCUUUGCCUGCUUAUCUUAAUUUUACUGGAGAAAUGUUGGAGGCCUUUAAUAUUCUAACGGAGUCGAUGUACGAUAAAGGAGACACGCAUCUCCUUACACAUGGAAAGUUCACCGCCAACUAUUCAGAUGGUGCUGAUGAGUUAAAGCAAGCAAUCGAUUUCAAUGCUACUGAUUUCAACUCUACAAUAGCCAACCAACUGAAGCAAGAUAUUGGCGAAACUGCGGCCCCAAAGACACCAGACAACCUCAAGCCCUUCAUGAAAGAAAUGGUUGAAAUUUGUUCCAAUUAUUUAGCACAAUUUGCUGAAUAUAAUAAAGACAAAGGUCCAGCUUUUAAAUUGCUGGUCAAAACAAUGAAAAGUAAAGGAGCUCAACAGUUGUACCAGAAAGGCAAGGCGAAAAGGACUUAUGGGAAGGCAGCAACAGAAUUAGAAGACGCAAAGGGUCUAGAAAACGACCACGAUGAUCCGAAUUUAUCUCAAGAAAUUCAUUCCGCUCUUUCCAAGCUAGUUGAAGGACAGACUCCAGCUGAGUUAAAGGAAGAUAUGAAAGGAACUCUGGACAUAUGUUCGAAAUAUCUCUCACAGUGUGCUGUUGAUGAAAUUGAGCGAGGACCAGCGUUCGAUCUUCUUAUUAAAGAAUUAGAGAAAAAUGGACAGGAGCCGUUCACGCCGCAGUAUUCUGGACUACCUACUAGAUUUGUUGCAGCUUACACAUUAAAGUCUGCGCCAGGAUUGACAAGUAGCGCGCCUGAUCCGACUACGGCUCCCGUAUUUUUAGAACCUUUGCACAAAGCAGUUGAUACUGUUACUCCAAAAAACUUAAAAAAAGAUAUGAACGAGGUCAUUGAACGCUGUGCAAACUAUUUAUCUGCGUUCAUCAGAGACAGAGACAAAGCAAUGCAAGCUCUUCUUCAAAUGAUGAAGAAUAAUCCGAAAAAUGAGGUAGCGAAAAGAAAUAACUAUCUUAUGACUUACGAUAUUGGAGCGAAAGAAAUAGAAACGUCACCUCUUAUUAUGCCGUAUAUGCCUAUCAAAGAUAUUGCAGAUGAAGCAAAGGAACACUUGAGUAAAGAUAUGGAAAAAGUGACGCCGCCUGAUUUAAAGAUAGCAAUGAAAGCCGUAGUACAAGACGCGGCGAAGUUUCUAUCACAACCUAGCGCCUUACGUAGUGGUGUUGCCGGCGAGCGCUACCCUCUCAAUUUUCUAGCAGCCAUAAAGAAAUCCUUGGGAUCUAAAUCUCUUUUUAAAUACAAGGCGUUUGGCCAGACUUAUGCAGAUGGUGCUGAUGUGUUAAAGUACUCAGGGCCAUUGGAAUCCGAUCCAAAAUCUGAAAAUCUCCAGUACGAAAUUGCAGCAGAAAUGGAAAAAGGAGUACCCCCUCAACUAUCCCCUACCAUGGCUAAUGAAAUAAGUGCCACAAUGGAAAACGCUGCAAAACAUUUGGCAAAAGUUGGGAUGGAGAAAGGAGAAGCACUUCAACAUUUAGUCAAUUUGAUGAAAGAUCAAGGAGAAUCUCCUAUGGGGCUCAUUCAAGGAUACCAGCAAUCUUAUAAUGAUGGCGCUAGAAGAAUCGAACUUAGCAAAAGUUUGGCGACUGACAAGGUUGACAAAGGGACAUACGAAUCUCUGAAAGAAAAGUUCAAUGGAUUGGUUGAAGCGAAACCGAAUAAUGAGUACGCAAAAGUCAUGCCAGGUAUUAUAGACAACGCAUCAAAGUUUCUCGCAUCACCUCUUCCUGAAAAUGACAAGGAGAAACGCCAAGUAUUAGCCGAUUUAAUGGCUCGCAAAGGUGACGAAAUAUUAAGAGAAGAAAGUAUAUACAAAAUGACAUAUACGGAAGGUGGUCAAGAAAUACUUAAUGCACCUGUGGGAGUCAUACCGGAUGACAAGAAGAUACAAGAUAUUUUAAAAGAGCCCGCCAAAGAAGGAGCUGCAUAUUUAGCAGACAUUAUCAAAGGACGAGGGGAAGCAAUGCAAGUGAUACACGAUGGAUUGAAGAAAGAAAAAGAUAAAGACUUUUUAACAUUGGGAAAAUUCUCCAAAAACCACGAACAAGUCGCUGAUAUGCUCUCGGGUGCAUCGCAUUUUGGUGGGCAGAAGCCAUCGCCCGUGGUUGCGGACAAAGUUUCUUCCAAAAUGCAAGCUUUACCCCUGCAGUUUCCUGAGACUGCCAAACCGUUCGCUAAAGAGACAUCGGAUAUUGCCAUUAAUUACGUGGCUGGCGUGGCCACUAAGGAAUGUGGUCUGGAUCCGAAAGCUCUCGCGGAAUUAGAUGGGAGUUUAAGCAGGCGUGCAGCGGCUAGGGCUAAAUCAGCAGCCACCCAGGGUACUCCUUCCGCACCUACUGCAACAGCAUCAGCAACGGCCUUGGAUGCUGAAGAAGCAGCAAGACUUCGACGUUUGCAGGCGGCGCGGAGAAGGGAACAAGGUUUAACUAGCGGAGAUGAUAGGGAGCGCGAUGAGGCAAUGAAUAUAUUACACGGUCAGCUGCGAGCCCGUGGCGGUGAGACGAUGUACAAGCAACCACACACAGAGCUUACGCACGCUCUAGCGUCGGACUGGUUGUCAAUGAAGCCCCCAAUGAAGGUUGAUAAGGCUGUAAAGGAAUCGGGUGACACAGCGCGCCUUCACAAAAAGUUUGAGAGGAAACUCAGCGGCCUUGUUGCCAAGAGCACACCAGUAGAUAUGUAUGAUACCAUGCAAGAUGUCAUAAUCGAGUCCUCAAGGAUCUUGUCAGAGUAUUUUGUAACUAAAAGCUACAAAGCUUUGGUUCGUGAAGCUUUAAUAUCGGAAAUGCAGAAACGUGGCAACGAAAUACUCAUCGAAGUCGACGGCGCUGCCGAGACGUAUUUCUUUGCAGCGCAAAGAUUAAAGAAAGCAUCCUCCUUGGAUGUUCCGGAGCCGUGUGCGGAAGUUUCAUACUUUCUGUCCAAAAAGCUGGACGAUAUGAUUCGCUGCCGAUCGAUGGCUAGGAAACUCACUUCUGCUAUGAAAGAUCACAGCAAAGAGGCAUCCGACUAUCUAUCAGCUCAUGUUACAAAACCAGAUGAGCAAAUUGAGGCCUAUGUAACAUUAUUAAACGAAAUGGAGGCGGCCGGGGACAGCCUACUUAUCGAGGGAAACAUUCCCAAAUCGUACAAGGAUGCGGCGGCUUACCUACGCCAAUUGACAUCUUUUGAAGACCAAAUUAGACGGCCUGACGCCGCACUGCAGUCAGAGAUUGAGGGGAAGCUGCAGAAUCUUAUGGCUAAUGUCACUAGCACUGGGCCUAGCAAGGCUGUAAUAGACGGAGUUAUAUCGGACUCCACGAAGCUUCUCGUGUCUUACAUAAUGCUUCUAGUUGAAAAAACCGAAGCCCUGAAAGUAUUGAUAGAACAAAUGGAUCUUCACGGCGGAAACGUUUUGUUACGCCAUGGGAAAAUUCGGAAGACUUACGCAGAGGGCGCUGAUAUGUUACGUAGUAAAACCGCGGAUCAGCUGAGCGUGGCCAGUGCAGAUCCGGUGGUCGUGAGGAAGAUACAAAUUAAACUUAGAAACAUCAUGCAUCGCUUCACGCCCGAAAAAUUCGUUAAUGUUAUUGAUGAUGUCAUUGAAGACGCGACGAUGUAUUUAGCAGUACAUUUCUUACAACCACAAAUAAUUCAAGUGUGCAAGUGUAUGAAGAACGUAUUCGUGCAAUGCGAGUUGUGGUGCGACGAGAUCCUGCGGCGUGUGGCGCGGCCAUGUUGCUCUUGUUCCCGCCACAUCUCUACGCAAGCACUGUCUGACCUUGCACCCGGUCCAAUCCAUGCGACCCCUGGUUCUUCCCGUGCUUACGCCGAGGGUCUCGAGAUCACCAUUGGCCCGUGCCCUACUAGGGUCGACCGGACUCCGGCCCCAUGUCCGGCCACGCGACCGACAGGCGAGUGCGGCCGCUACACAACUACCUCGUAUUUAUUUUACUCGCCUGCCUAUGGUCGCCGACGCUCACUUUUCUACAGCCCGGAGCGACCUAGUCCUGAAGCAGGGUCUCUGCGCAUCUCACGGAGCCGCGAGUCUAGAUCACCACUUUCGACCAACCGCUCCUUCGGUGAACGAUUUGGCGAAACGAUAACCCAAGAGCUUAGGAACAGGUCGCCGACUCCCAUCAGAGAGACGGACACGUCCUCUUCGUUCUAUACUCCACAGAGCGGUCAGGGCCUCGAUUCGGACCCGCCGGAAAUGGACGUAGCUUCGCCACGUUUUUGGAACUCUCCAACGACAAUGUACGCGGAGGUCUGUACGCAGAACGUCCCACAUCCACCAGUCCAACCCACGCGACCACGGAAUCCAACGCUAGAGCAAAGGGAAUCAAAUUGCAGGGCGCCUAUAGUGAGCACUGAGCAGAUGAGUGACUGGCACGCCAUGUUGGUGAGCCUCAUGUGGAACGUACAAGCUUGGAGAGACUGGAUUCAGGAGAACUUUGACCGAGCGCUGGCCUUUCAGCAGUCUGCUGAAUCUCCUGGGCAAUCCGACGAAACCUGGAGAGGUUUUCAACGAAGAGUAGCAACUGAAGCACUUCAAUGGCGACAGUACAACAAAUUCAGUCGCCAGUUGACUCUGCGUUUGGCUUUAAGAUACAGAGAUAAACAGAUCGUGUCCCCUACUCGAGGCACAGUAAAGACAAAUGUGUAUCUUGAGUGUCAGCAGGAAAUGUUGGAUAUCAUCGACAUGUUCAACAAAUGGACUGUGUGGUUAACACUUGUGAUGAAAGAAACGGAUUCAUUACAACAUCAGUCGGAUACCGACUCCACGUUAACUCAAGUGCGAUGGAAUCACUUCAAGAGGAAGAUACAAGAAUACGCAGAGGAUUGGCAGAAAUAUAACACGCAUUUGAAGGGGUGCUGGGAACAAAAACACAAGAAAAUUAUAUCUGAAUGGGUUCCAUCGUGGGGUUCUGCAGGCCCAGUGUGGGUGGUUAGCGCAUGUGGGGCGGUGCCCAGCGGGGCCGUUCCCGCUGGCCUCUAUGAAGGAGAACUUACCUGGCUAGCCCGCACCACGCACAAAUGUAACGUGCUUCCGGCGGCACUGCAUCCGUCGAAGCACUGUUGCGUGGUAUACGCUGACGGCGCCGUGCAUCACUACACGAAGUAUCAAGUGAUGUGCAAUGCCGAAGUGCGAUGGGUGGCGUGGAGGGCUGGCGCAGGUGUGGGGGGCGGUGGGGGCAGCGGGGCUCGUGCGGUACGUGUAGCUCCGGGCGUACACGCUGGCCGCGUACACUACCGCGGAUCGCACUUAGUAGGCGCAGUACACGCUCCCCACUACCGAUGCCAUGUCGUCAUCUAUGGACGACCGUUUGCGUUCAACUGCUACGAGCUGUUGCUACUAGCUGACUGA